AAAUCUCCUGCGCACUAAAUAGGCAGCCUAAGUAGGACGCGAGUGCUCCGAUUGGGACGCGGCCUGAGUCGGGUCAUAUGUCCCUGAGGGCGAGGGCUAAAUAUGGACUUAACCCGCCGCCAGAGCGUCCGGCAUGCCAGCGCGCGGUGUCCGCUCGGUCGCCCUCACUGCGCGGUUCUGCUCUCGGGUUUAAAGAACCGGGACACGGCUCCACUGAAGCGCUAGCGCCGUGUCGCCUCGACGGUCCAACUGCUGAAGAGAGACCCCCACCAACCAACAAACAGCCCCCAACUUCCAGCCUCUACAGCCGCGCCUCCUCCUGCCUUCUUCCCCUCAGCGGAGAGAAUGGAGGCCUCAGAGCAGGAGGUGUCUCUGGAGAACCAUGCUGUGUGUAAUUCAGCGCCUGACCCAGCAGCUGAGGCCUACCUGAACUUCAUGAAGAAGCACCAAUGCUAUGACGCCAUUCCGACCAGCUGCAAACUAGUGGUGUUUGACACCACCCUGCCCGUUAAAAAAGCCUUCUUCGCACUGGUGGCAAAUGGCUUGCGGGCGGCACCGCUGUGGGACAGCAAACUCCAGAAAUUUGUGGGCAUGCUGACCAUCACAGAUUUCAUCAACAUUCUUCACUGCUAUUACAAGUCGCCUAUGGUUCAGAUCUAUGAGUUGGAGGAGCACAAGAUUGAGACAUGGAGAGGUGAUUCAUUUCAAAACGUUUUCCUACAGUACCAUGACCGAAGCCUUAUCAGCAUCACCCCCCAAGCAAGCCUUUUCGAUGCUGUCUAUUCCUUACUGAAGCACAAGAUCCACAGACUGCCUGUCAUUGACCCAGAGUCUGGAAAUGUCCUUCACAUUUUGACACACAAGAGAAUUCUCAAGUUCCUCUACAUAUUUGGAGCCUCUUAUCCGAAGCCCUGCUUCUUGCAGAAGAAAGUACAAGACGCCGGAGUGGGGACGUUCCGGGACAUCGCCACAGUCCAGCAGACAGCCACCGUCUACGACGCUCUGUCCAUAUUUGUGGAAAGGCGGGUGUCUGCUCUACCAGUGGUUGAUGAGGAUGGGAAAGUUGUUGCCCUUUACUCCAGAUUUGACGUAAUUAACCUGGCUGCACAGAAAACCUACAAUAAUCUGAGUAUGACAAUGCAGGAGGCUGUGAGGAGGCGUCGGUGCUUUGUGGAAGGAGUCAUCAAAUGUUACCCUGAUGAGAAUUUGGAGACUAUUAUUAACAGAAUCGUCGAGGCAGAGGUCCACCGGCUGGUCCUGGUGGACCGGGACAAUGUAGUGUGUGGGAUUAUCUCUCUUUCAGAUCUCCUGCAGGCCAUAGUCCUUUCUCCAGCGGGCAUAGAUGCUCUGGUUUUAUAGCACUGUGAAGACAGAACCAAGCUACAUCCUUUGAACGGUCACCCCUCUCACAUACACAGAUUUUGCGGAUAACAUAUGUCAGUGUUGUUUAAGGCAUUUGUAAGGAAUGAAGAGGAACCUUGCCCCAAAUGGAACAAAUCUGAGCCACCGUUCUGCAGUCCAUACUGUCAAAUGAAAUUUGCGGGGUUGUUUCUGUGGAAAGACGUUUUUUUCUAUGUUUUAUACCCCAUAUCAGGGCUGUCAUACAAAAACAUGGAGUAUUUUAUUGGUGCAUUCAAAAUAUGGACACCUGCUACAUGGUUACAAUGAAUGCUAACAUUGAUGUGUGCUGAACUGAAAUCAUAAUACCUACAACCUCAACAAAACACCACAAACAAACCAGCAAACAAAGUGAAGACUACCACGUUCUAAAGCGAACCACCACAUCUUAAACACUGUGAUUCAUGGUGCCCUGAAUUAAGGUGAACUAUGUAAAAAGUAUUUUAAUUUUAACAUAAAUUAAAAUCUAGAAUGUGUAAUUUAACGUGAUUGACGUUUGACUGUAAAACCAAGGAAGAAAAAUUUUUUAAGUAAAAAUAUAGUCAGAUCAAAAAGUAUUUAGGCAACGACACAACACGGUCAAAAGAAUUGACGCAUGUACUCAUUCAUUGUUUCUUCUGAGCUUAUCUUGUUUUUUUGGUCUCUGAUGUCCAGGGAAGGCUUGCUACUAGAGUUUGGAGCAUUGCUGUGAGGACUUGAUUGAGCUUUAGUGAGGUCAUGCUGUUGGAUGAUCACUAUCUCUUUCAUCAUUUCCCAACUCGUCCCAGAAGUAUGGGAUUCAACAUAGUCAUUCCAGAUAACACAGUUCCACUGCUCUACAGCGCAAUGCUGAGCGAGAUUUAUACCCCUCUAAAAAACACACCUGGCAUUAGGUAUGAUGCACCAAUAGGUUUAUGUUUUUCUGAUCCAGAGAGUCCUAUUCUACAGCCCUGGAAAAAAUGAGACCACUUAAAAAUGAUGAGUUUCUUUAAUUUUACCAAAAUGAAAACCUCUGGAAUAUAAUGAAAAAGAAGAUGGCUGAUCACAAGCCAUCAAACCAAGCUGCAGUGCUUACAUUUUUGCACAAGGAGUGGCAUAAAGUUAUCCAAAAGCAGUGUGCAAGACUGGUUGAGGAGAAUAUGUCAUUUAAAAAAAAAAUUUAGACUAGAUUAGUUUAGACAAGAUUUUAAAACAGACCUAAAGUAUUUAAUCAUUUUAGAAGUAAUAGAAUGUAAAAUAAUGCUGCAUUUCAAUUUACCUUAAAUGUUGGAUGUUGGAGCUGGGAAUUGCGUUACACUUAAGUUGACGACAUUCAGAUUGAACAAAUAAUUUAUUACUAUUUCAAAAACUUUUUAAAAUAGUUUUCCAAGAAUUUUGGAGUGUUUUAUGGUGAAUCCAAACUAAAAAUAUCUUCUUUUUUAUCUCAGAGGUUAUCAUUGUUAGCAUUGUCCCAGGUUAGUACAGUUAUGUUGUGAAAACCUGUUAUAUAAUCGUUUGCAUGACAACAUUAUUGGAACAUUAUGUUAAUAAUAAAUGUAACAUUCCCAAAAUAAAAAUAACAUAAGUGGCAUUGUUAAAAUAGUUAAAUAAAACGUUUAAAGAACAUCCAAAAAUCUUGACAUCUUAGAAUGUUAAUUGAACAUUGUUACCUGGGACAAAGGAAUCAUGUCCUCAGGAAGAAGGUGAAUAGUAUGCUAUGCUAAGCUAAUAAAUGUAGGUUAGAUAUCUCUACUAGACAUGUAAUCUCUGACCGCAUAUUUUCAUUACACAUCAAUAAAUAUUUUGUUUCAGAAGAAAUGGGAAAAAGGGAAAAGAAAAUGAUAUCUGUAACAGAAGUGUGUAUUUCUGUAAAUAAUGCAUCUUUUGUAUGUUUUUACACAGCUAUACAGUUAGCAUGCUAAAAUGUUUUGUUCUGAAAAGUAAAUAAAUACAAUAAUGGG